ACUUUUGAUACUAUGGAAGAUUUAUUAAAUCUUCAUAAUGAAUAUCACGAAGAAUUCGAAAAUGCUCUGAACACUGAGCAUGCUGUUAUCUGGAAUGGGAUAGCAACUGAAAUAAACAAUUAUCAUCCAACUUAA